AACUCAACCAACCACAAUCUCUCGCGCGGCCGGCAUGUCUUCUCCAAAAUGCCAUGUUAUACGCUGAAUCACUCGCGAUGGAUCUCGGCAUUCUGCGCAGUGGGGCAACCCACCCCAUGGUGACGUUGGGACAUUAUUAAGCGUCUCCAAAGAAUUUCUCCAAAGAGAUUCUCCACGCUUCUCUCCCCAAGAUUGAAGUUGAAAUUUCCCUUCAACUGCAAAAUUUUUGUAGCCAACGAACCCCGCGAUGGCAUCCAUCAAGCAGUGGACGACUCCCUUGAAGGGAGUGGAUUCCCUCAAACUCACCGAAGCCCCCAAGCCCGCUCCGGGCAAGGGCGAAGUCCUCGUUGAGAUCCACGCCGUGUCGCUGAAUUACCGCGACGUCGAGGUAACUAAUGGCGAGUACACCCAUCACAAGUCCGUGGGACAAGAAGAGAGCAUUGUGCCAUGCUCCGACAUGUGCGGCGUCAUCACGCAGGUCGGCGAUGGCGUCCGCAGUUGGCAAGUCGGCGAUCGCGUUCUCUCUACAUUCCUCCCAGACCAUCAGACCGGGCAAGUUACGGAAAAGGAACUGUCGCGGGGGAUGGGUCUGCCCCUCGAUGGGGUGUUGGCGGAGUACCGAGUAUUCCCGGAGCAUGCGCUGGUCAAAGCGCCAAACUACAUGAGCGAUGAGCAGGCCGCCACGCUUCCUAUUGCGGUCGUGACGGCAUGGAUGUCAAUUAAUGGUAUGCGACCUAUGGGAGAGAACGGAGGACACGGAGAAUAUAUCCUGCUGCAGGGAACGGGCGGUGUCGCCAUUGCCGGGCUGCAAAUCGGAAAGGCUUCCGGUGCCAAGGUCAUUAUUACCUCCUCCUCCGACUCCAAGCUCGCCCAAGCCAAGGAACUCGGCGCCGACUACACUAUCAACUACCGCACCCAUCCCAACUGGGAAGAGGAAGUGAUGCGCCUCACCCACAACCACGGCGCCGACAUCAUCCUGGAGGUUGGUGGCGCCCAGACGCUGAAGAAGAGCUUUGACUCCGUCGCCUUUGGUGGGUUGAUCAACUGCAUCGGGUAUGUGUCCGGCAAGGUGGACGCGCCGGAUGACCGCAUGAACGUGAACCUGCUGGCGCUGCGGAGGAAUGUCACGCUGAAAGGGAUCAUCAACGGACCCAAGGAUCGGUUCGAGGAAGCGGUGAGGUUCUAUGAGAAACAUCAGAUUCAGCCUGUCGUUAACAAGGUGUUCUCAUUUGAGGAGGCCCACGAGGCAUUUAAGUUUUUGGCUAGUGGGAGCCAUUUUGGGAAGGUUGUUGUUAGGGUUAAGUAGAGGGAUAGAGAUGAACAUGAAUGAAUGAAGUGAUACAGAUCGCGUCCAGCUUGAGGACCACUAUGACGAAACUUCCUCAGGAGAUAUAAGUGGGGAUAAGGAGAUGCGUUCAGCAAAAUAGUCACACUGCAGAUGCUUCUCAAACUAUUAAAAAUGUAAAGGAACCUAAUUUAUCUA